AUGGGCCCGCAGAGCCGGCAGAGCCUCACCGCGGCGGGCAUCGCCCACCACCUGGACCCGAGCCCACGGUCGCCCGGCGGCGCGUCCUCCGCCAAGGGCGCGGGCGCGGCGGGCAGAAGAGGGGCCGCCAGCCACGGCGCCAGUUCGGGAGACACCGACACCGACGGCGCUGAGUCGCUGAGGUCGUCCACCCCGUCGCCGUCGGACCGGCGCGGGCCGGCGCCGUCGCCCCGGGGGAACCGGCGCCUGCCGGCGCCGCCGCGCACCGAGGCGGACGGGGAGGCCGCGAGGCGGAACCAGGUCAUCAAGGGCCUGUUCGAGUUCUACGACGCGGACAGAUCAGGCGCCAUCAGCAAGGCGGAGACCUACAAGUACGCCAAGAAGUGCGGCUUUGCGGGGUCGCCCGGAGACUGGGACGCGGAGUGGGUGCACAUCCACAGGCACAUCGGGCUCCCGCCCCACGGUGCGCUCACGCUGGACGACUUCGCGCGGUGGCUCAACGACGGCCCGGAGGAGAACUUCACGGAGACGGAGGUGCUGGAGGCCCUGCUGAAAGAGGAGCGGAAGAGCGCCAGCAGGACCAACGCCCUCCCUGGCGCGACGGACGAGCAGGCCCGUCACGGCGAGCAGCGGCAGUCGCCGUCGCCGGACAGCGCGCAGCGGGAUCCCUCGCUGGAUCUGCAAGGGGAGCAGCGGCCGCUGCCGUCGCCAGGCAGCGCGCAGCCACAGCCCCACCUGGAUCUGCAGGGCUGGCAGCGGCGGCUGCCGUCGCCAGACAGCGCGCGGCGCGGGGCGCCCUCGGCCUCGGCGCUGCCGCGGAGGCAGCUGCCGCCGCCUCCUGAGGGUGCCUUCGCGGGCGAGGCGGCUGGCGCCGCCGGCGCCGCCGCCGCCGCCGCCACCGCUCGGCAGGCUUCCGCCGCCUCCGGGAGCCCGCUGCCGGCGGGCGCCGACCGGCGCAGGCCAGCGCAGGUGCCCCGGGCGGCGACGGUGCCGCUCGACGCGAGCACGGACGAGGCCGCGUCCGCCUCGGACGAGGAGCAACCGCAGCCAGAGGCCCUCCUCCCAGGGCCGCCACGGGCGGGGAAGCUGCCGCAGCCGCCCCGCGAUGCGGCUCCUGGCGCGGCCCUCGAUGCCCUCGAGCGGCAGGGCGCCCCAGGCAGCCGGCGCGUGGCGCGGCUGCCCCGGGAGCUGGCCAGCCCCUCGGAGGACGACGGCUGCUCGGCGCCGCCCUCGGAGGAGGAGCCACCGCAGCCGGAGAUCCCCCGCGCAGCCUGCCGAGGGCACCGGCGGCUGCUCUCGCCCCGCGACGCCCCUUCCCGCGGCACAGUCGAGCAGGACCCCGCCGCGCCCGGGGCGCCUCCCCGCCGCCCCGCGGGCCCGCGGCGCGAGGCGAGGCCGCCCCCGGAGCCGUCCUCGGAGGACGACCGCUGGCCGGCGCCGGACUCCGAGGAGGAGCCGCCGCAGAUCGAGUUCCGCGGGACGGCGCGCCCAGCGGGCAGGCGGCCGCCAUCGCCGCAUCGCGGUGUCGUUCAUCAGCCUGUUCAGGCGGCGACCAGGCUGAUGCGGGCCGUCCGGCCAGGGGAGGCGAGACUGAUCGUCGCUGCGCAGGAGGCGUUCGCCCUCGGCGACAUCGUCUCAGUCACGAGCGGCGAGCAUUCGGAGAGCAGGACCAUCGUCGGCUUCGGCUCCCUGGUUUUGGACCGGCCGCUCUCGCACGGGUACCCGCCCGGGGCCGUCGUCUCCAAGCAGGGGUCCACGCGGCGGACGUGCCCAGACAGUCAACCACCAGAUCCUCCGCAGCCGGCGUGG